GCGCAGUCCCCGGGUUUCCGUCAACCUUAUGUUCUACUUGAAACCAAAUUGCACGAAAUUAGCGAAUAUACACUCAUCUGCAAACUAAUUUGGUUCUUUCGAGAGACUCACCUUGGUAUCUGGGCUUCGGCAUGUGAGCCUUUGAAGCCCGGAAGCAAUUCUCUCAUAUGUAUCUUGUUUAUAAAAACUGAAUAUCCAUCCUCUCUUCGAACGCGUCUUCCCGAACUUUUCUGGAUAUCCAUUGACUGUUGCUCAAAUUCAAGCGAUUCCACGAAUUCCAUAAUAGAUCUCACUUUUCAAGAGACGCAAAGCGGAUUUACGGGAAAACAUACUACUCGCAUGCCUCCCCCGUCAUGUGUCACCACUAUCCCCUCGCAACGCACGCUGGACGCACCUGAAUCACCAAUUCUGAACAAGCAAACGUAUGCACCAAUUUACCAGCUCGCGCGUGCAAUGCGCAGCUACCUAUCCCCCCAAAUCAUCGGUGAACGAAACUGCGGCAGCUACAACCAGUGUACGACGAGUACGCGGUUCUUACAACUGACAAUGAUGAUGAUGAUGAUUCACCGUUCAGCAAUACGACCGUUCACAUGCUCGGACACCAUGAUUCUCGGGUUAUGGAUGCUCGGUAUGCCGACGAUCGAACCCGAGACUCAAGUUAAUCUGUCUCCGAUAUUCUUCAACGGAAUGUGCUCUCACAACGGUCGCCUCAUAUUUCACCUGAUAUUCGAGAUAUCGCGGUAUAUUUUCAUAAAGGAAACUAUUCACAAGGUUGCUGAAAAUGCUUCGACAGUCCACGACCGGUUUCGCUCUUCUUGGGGCUCAUCAGAAGAGCGUUCAGCUGUAGCACCCUUCCGGUGCCUAACUGCCAUGCCACCCGAAGGAAGCACGAGGGCUAGGAUACUGCCAGGUUGCGCAAGCCUAGACAGGGGAAUUCGAGUGGCGGAGGUCGGAUUCGAACCACCAACCUUCCGGUCAGUAAAUUCGCGCUCUAACCACUUGGGGACCACAAUUCAUAACAUGACCCGACUUCAAGCGAUUGUGUGUUCUCACUGCGACCUUUUCUUUCUCUGGUUUCCCGAUAUCUUGUUAAGAGUUGCUGAAACCGCUUCGACAACCCACGACCGUUUUCACCAUUCUGCUUUGGGCUCAUCAGGUAGGCGCCCUCUCCGAGUUCCCGUCAACUUUAUGUUCUACUUGAAACGAAAUUGCACUAAAUUAGCGAAUAUACACUCAUUUAAUUUGGUUUUCGAGAGAAUCACCUUGCACCCAGCUGAGAUUCAGCUGGGGGUAUCAGUCCCGGUUGGUCUCGUGAAAGAUGAUAUUUCCUUCUGGAGUGAGAAGGCCAGAGCAGCAUUUGUGAACCCACGUCACAGGUGGCGUAGACAUGACAUCAGUUUCUCUGUCAAUGGUCGAGUUUACAAUGCUGCGGUGGGCUCCAUAUUACUAUAUGGAUCAGAAACCUGGGCGUUGCGCGCUGAGGACGUCAAAAGACUUUCAUUGUUUGACGAUUGA